AUGUCAGAUUUGGCCAGGGGCGCUCUGCCCAGCACCGCUGCUGCAUCUGGUCGACCUCAGAAUGGCGGUGCAACUCGUGCAGCUCCGGCUGCUGGAACUGGUCCGGUUCCUACCGAACCCCCACGAUAUCGUACUCCCACAGAUGUCAUGCGAGAACGAAGAGCACGGGAAGCUCGCAAAGCCGAGGAGGCAGCGGCUAGAUUGCGUCAAGAGGACGAAGCAAGAAGACUACAAGAGCAGCAAGCUGUUGGCGUUGGGGUGGAUAGCACACGAAGACCUCAAGCCCGGAUACCUAGUCAACCUGGUCAAACCGCCCAAACCUACGACAUAGGCGGCCCUCCGGCCGCUGCGUCGUCUGCCCGAAGACAGGAAAAUAUACCACCAAUCCACGCCGCCACGAGGAAUCCCGGCCGUCCCGCUCAACCAGUACCUACAGAUCCCAGACUUCCUGCCGCCACCGAGCGUAACCGCACUGAAGCUUACGAGCAGCUCAACAUCCCUGCCCCAGCUAAACCAACCGAAGCAAGAGCCGCACAACAACCUCAAUCACAUUCGAGAGCUCAACCGCCUCCUCAGCCGGUUCAGCAACCCGGCGCUCAGGCCGCAGGAGCAGGAGGCCGAAGUCGUUUCCCAAAUGCUUUUGAGCGAUGGGAAGAUCUGUCCGCUCAUUGGGAGGGUAUCGUCUCAUCUUUCAUUCAUCGGAUGGAGGAGAACGCCAACGAAUUAGCCGGAAAGCCCAUCGACCGACAGAUGGCCCGUCAGAUCGAUGAUUUAUCCCGAGCCGGUGCCAAUCUGUUUCAUGCUGUCGUGGAGCUGCAACGGCUCCGAGCCUCUUCUGAACGCAAGUUCCAGCGGUGGUUCUUCGAGACUCGGCACGAGCAGGAACAAGCCCAAGAACGACAAGCACAGCUUGAAAACCAACUACGUGCAGAGCGAGAAGCUCGGACGGUUAGUUCCACUUCCAUAGAACAGGUUCGCGCCGACAAGACAAAGGCCGAAGAGCUAGUUCGGGAGAUGCGGCGGGAGUUACAGAUCAGCAAAGAAGAAGCCCGGCGUGCCUGGGAAGAGCUGGGAAGGCGAGAGCAGGAGGAGCGUGAAAGAACCAUUGCCCUGCGAAGCGGCGAGCCUACCCUAAUCGGCGGUGUGCAGGUCGUCCCUAUGCAAGGUCUUCCAAGCCGACAGGGGACGCUUCAGCGACCACAAACCAGAGAUGGGCCGACUGCUGGUGCAGGACCAACGGCUAUGUCCGGUCAGCAGCCGCCACAACGACCUGGUUCCCGCCAGACGACAACAACAUCACUUGACUCACCAGGAGAAGAAAAUCGGCAGUUUUCAUAUCGUCCUGAAACAGGCACCUCUCCCACGGUGACUGACCCUUUCACGGAAUCAUCUCGGCAGCAAGGUCAGCUUCGUCGCGAACCUGAUACUCAAUUCUACACUACGCCUCCACGUCCUACACAGCCCGCCACGAGUGGUGCUGCGAUGUCCGCCGCGCGAGCAGCCGCAACGAGCGGAGCGUCUCCCGGCCGCGUUGGUGAACAGCCGCGAUACUACCAGACUGCAACCGCGACGACCAAUGCUCAAAUGUCUGGCGCGUUACCAACACCUGCUCGCCAAGGCACUGGGGCCACAGAUACAUCGUACUUCGCGUCCAACGCUUCCGUAGCGCCAUCAGAAGAAGAAUACCACAUCAACCCCGACGGUAGCUACACCCGCGAUGCACAAGGUCGCCGCAUCCCAUACCGCCAACCACUCGGACGCAGCCCUCCGGGGCCAGCAGAGCAGGAGCAGGAGGAGGAGGGCGAGGUCUCCGAAGAAAUGUCCGAAGAGGACGACGACCAUGCUGCCGAUGCCGAACGCGAGAGAAUGUACGCUGCCCAGUACCGCCAAUCACACGGUCAACAAGGCCUUCCUCCUACAACGAAUGGGAACAUGCCUCGAACAACCUCGGCUGCACUGCCGCCCAUCCCUCAAGGCGCAAUCUACGAGGGAGAGGGCUAUGGGGAUGACCCUACGGUCCCCACCCCACCUGCAGUAACCCAAGCCAUGUCUAGGUGGGAGAACUUGCAGGGUCGCACGCACGGGCAUCCCACCCGCUUGAGCGAUAUCAUCGAAGAGCAAACGGCGCGGACGAGUCCGUCGAGGACGAGCUACGUUUCUGGGAGCGGAGUCUUACCCGGAGAGCCGGGUACCGGGCGCGCUCCGUCGAGUGAGAACACUUCGAGGCGAUGA